UUUCUCCCAAAUGAAGUUUUAUACCAUCAGAUACUGAGCAAAAAAAGUAACUAUGUUUGAACUCCUUUUUUUCAUUUUAUUUACCCCUGGAGUCAGUGAAUUAAUUUGUACAUCAUCAGAUCUUGAAAUGUCGUAUACUUUUUGUGAUUCUACAGCUCAUUCUUUCAAGUUUAAUCUGACACCUUGCAGCACAAGGAACAAACCUGUCUGGAAGGCUGCUCUUACCUGGAUUCCAAGAAGUGACAUUCACUUUUUGAAGAUUGUCUUCAAUGUCUGGUAUGAUGGUGCCAAAGCACUCCUCUGGAAGGACGUCCUCUGCAGCGGAACUGACGAUGAAUACUCACUGUGCGGAACGCUGAAAGGAGAAACACUUGAAUCAGCAUUUGACAUUAAAGGCUCAAGAUUAGAAUUUCCAAAGGGCGACUAUAGUAUUGUUGUGCAAGGAUUCUCUGAUGAUUCUGAGAAUAAUAUGCUCAUAUGCGUGAAUGUCACCAUGAUAGUGAAAUAAGAUGCUUUCUGAGUGCAACAAACUUCUCAAAUAAUUCCAGAAUAUGGAGGUCACUUCUGUGAGCGACUGGAAUCCAAGCUGUGAAGUAAUAUGCACACUGAACUUCCUGAGGCAGAAUACAUCAUGUGCUGUCUGGGAAGCUCUAAGAUAUAGUCUUUCUCAUUUGUAGCACAGCCAUAAUCAGUUGCUCAGCCAAUGUGCCCAAAAUUUCCGGGAAUCAGGCAUCCUGAUUAAUCCAUGGAAUUACCCUGACUGGAUGGCGGGCUGGUCCUGCAUUUUGGUGCUGUGCCUUGAGUUACAAUAAAGUUGAGUGCUUCAGGCUGAGCUAAAGUAAUCAAGAAGUUUUGAAGUUUUGAAGUGCCAGAAUCAGAAGUUCAUCAGUAUUCAGUUUAAAACAACACAGCAAUUGAAUUAGGGAACCCUGCUGUGAGGUGGUGGGGGAUGGUUUUUUUUGUUUGUUUGAGAUUUUUCUUUUCUUGUAACAAUAAAACUUGUUAGUACAAUCAAUUU